AUGAGUGGCGGAAAAGAUGAAGCCAGCGACAAAGCGUUGUUGAAGAUUCUGAAGAAAAAAUCGCAAAACACAAUCGCCAUUUUUUCCAGAGGAGAGUAUUUCACUGUCUACGGCGAUGAUGCCAGCUUUGUUGCAACUAACAUUUUCAAAAGCGAUGUUUGUGUCAAGACAUUCACACUCUGUACUAACGAUUCACAACAGAUGAAGUAUAUUUCCGUGAAUCGUGGACAAUAUGAGAAGGUGGUUCGAGAAACGGUGGUACUUCUGAGGUGUUCUGUGGAGGUUUUCGCUAGUGAACAGGGAGAAUGGAAAAUGAUCAAACGGGGAUCACCUGGAAAUACAGUCGAGUUUGAACAGGAAAUUGGAGUUGUUGAUCAGGCUCCAGUUAUCGCUGUGUACCUCCAUCCUGGAGAUAAUGAUAUUCGGGUGGCUUUGUGCGCAUGGGAUUCGGGAAACGUUCGAAUUGUGACGAGCGAAUUUAUUGACACUAGCUGCUUCUCUCAAAUCGAGCAAUGCAUCUUUGGACUGUGUCCAACGGAGUACAUACUGGUUAAUGGAACAGCUUCUGGACCAAAAGUGAAGAAGUUGGCAAGCAUGUUCACAAAGAUGGAGGUGCACUGUAAACAACAAAUGAAACAAAAAUCCGAAUGGAAAGAUGUCCUAGAAUGCAUCCAUCAAGACUACAGAGAAGAGGCUGAAAAACAAAGUGAUCAAGUGAAGGAGUGUCUUCAGAUACUACACGCAAACGUCGCCGAUGAAUACAGCCACUCAGAAAAAUACAGUAUUUUUAACUAUGGAACUCAUGGAAAUAUGCAAAUCGACUCUUGCGCUGUCGAAGCCUUGGAGCUUUUCCAGUUGAAUUACAAUUAUCUUGAGAAAUCAAACAACCUGACUUUGUACAAUGUCUUAAAUAAGUGCAAAACUCUACCUGGAGAGAAGCUUCUCCGGGAUUGGCUUUCACGCCCACUUUGCAAUGUUGACCAUAUUAACGAACGGCUGGAUGUCGUGGAAGCAUUAUCUGAGAAUCAGACAAUCCGUCAGAAACUACACGAUUCGUUUCUUGCAAGAAUGCCAGAUUGCUCACAACUGGCGCGUCGACUUAUGCGAAAAUGUACUCUUCAAGAUCUCAAUCGAUUCUAUCAAGCAGCCACCCUUCUUGAAAGCGUGGAACUGCAACUGAUUCAUCUCUCCGAAGAUGAAAGAUUCUCCGCUUCCAUUGAUCGUCUUCUCAAGUCGGAAGUAACUUCGAUUUUGAAGAAAGUGGAAAGAUUUCUAGUUCUGUGCGAUGAAUUCUUCGAUUUUGACUAUGAAAAAGAGCAUAAAGAAAUUCGAGUUCGUGUUGAUUUCGUUCCGGAAAUUCAAGAGAUCAGUGAGAAGCUCGAGCAAGUGGAAAAAAUUGCAGAGAAAUUACGCAAGAAAUAUUCUUCGAAGUUCGAAUGCGAAAAUAUGAAACUGGAUAAGAACUCAUUAUAUGGCUACUAUUUCAGAGUCACUUUGAAGGUUAGCUGUGUGCAACUGAAGUUAUUCAAGAAUAUAUUUCAGGAUGAAAAAGCUAUUCGUAAGAAGGAUGUUCAAAUUUUGGAGACUACAAAAGGUAGUGGAGUGAAGUUUACGGUUUCAGAUCUCACUGAAAUUAAUGACGAUAUACGCGCGCAGAGGAAGAAGUCGUCUCAAUCUACAUUCUGUUCAAUGUCUUCCGGAAUAUAUGUCAGACCUCAACUUUUGCCACUUGGAUCGAAAUGUCUUGAGUUGAAACAAUGUAGACAUCCAGUUAUCGAAAGAAACAGUGAGAAACCAUUCAUUCCAAAUGAUGUCAUUCUGAGUAAGUUGUUUUACCGUUUGCAGUUUAAAAAGAGGGAUUUUUCAGAAGAAAACCGCCUAAUUGUUCUCACUGGUGCUAACAUGGGUGGCAAAAGCACAUAUCUUCGUUCUGCAGCUCUUUCCAUUCUUCUUGCUCAAAUCGGGUCAUUCGUUCCAUGCAGUUCUGCUAUGAUUUCCGUUGUGGACGGAAUCUUCACCCGUGUUGGCGCCUCUGAUAAGCAAUCACAAGGAAUUUCAACAUUCAUGGCUGAAAUGCUUGACUGCUCCGCAAUCCUUCAAAGAGCAACCGAAAAUUCGUUUGUUGUUAUUGAUGAGCUUGGACGCGGAACAUCUACUUUUGAUGGAUUCGGAAUCGCUUCCGCCAUUGCACAGGACAUCCUUAAUAGGAUCAAAUGCCUAUGCAUCUUUGCCACUCACUUCCAUGAAAUGGGAAAACUUGCUGAACAACCUGGCGCUAUUGCUCUACAGAUGGGAAUUCAAAUCGAGAACAACCAAAUUCACAUGCUCUACAAAGUCUUCGAAGGUAUUGCACAGCGCUCCUUUGGUUUGCAAGUAGCAAAAAUGGUUGGACUUGAUGAAGAUGUUAUCAAUAUUUCGAUAUUUCAGAAAGCAUCUCAACUAUUGGAAAAUCUCCAGAAGAAGGUCAUCAUCGAUAGUGAAAAAAAGAAGGAACUUCUUGAAUCUUCCGACAUCAGACAAUCUAUUCUCCGCCUCAUCAACUGA